AUGUAUAUUGGGCCUUGGCAGGAAUUCAAAUUAGCCAAAAUAUUGCAACUCAAGGACAAGGUUGACAAAGAAGAGCAUAACGCAAAUAAACUAGAAAAUAAAGCUCCUUCUUCUUUAUCCAAUCAGGGUCAAUUGGUUUAUAAUCAAGAUCCGAAAUAUUCGAAUAGUGAAGGCUUUAAAAAUUAUAACUAUAACGAAAGAAAUUCAGAAGCUGGAAGAUUCUCAGAAAAAGCUCGGAGUAAUAAUUCAUCCAAAAGCAGGUCAAGGAAGUCCUAUUAUAGUAACCCUAAAAAGGUCCAGAGACACAGGUCUAAUAACAUUCCAAAACCUGGUCCUCCAAGGCAACAGAGGUUUGGAAAUAUCCCGAACGGAAUGAACCAUCAACAAAAUAGAGGGAUGAUUAAAGCAAAUAAGAGUAAGAAUAGAUCUCCAGUCACUAAUAACACAAAUUACUCAUCAGGAAUGAUGAAAAGUACCUCAAAUUCUUUUAAGAAUGGAGAUAAUCAUUCUUCAAAAUCCUACAAGCAACCUUCACAUCGCACAAUGAAAGGAAGGAGUAAUGACAGAACCUCAUUUAUGGGGUCUACUAAUAACAGUGAAUCCCGAAGCUAUGCUAGCCAUAUGAUCCACGAAAUGAGGAAAAAGAACUUCUUCAAUAACUUUUCAAAUCAGAAUAUGAACAGAUGUAUUGAAGUAACUUAUGAUAAGUGGAACAGAUUUGAGAACUUCGUUAAGUUUGCAUCUAAUAAAGAGAAAAAGGAGAAACUUCAACAAUUAGAUCCUCCUCCAAUUGAACAGUAUGUUGAUGGAGAUACAGUUUACAAAAUUAGAGGAAUGGGACAAGGUAGACCACCCAAGGUGACUAAAAGACCUCUUGUCUCAAAAAAGGAAGUAAAAAUGGAGCAUAAAGAUAGAGUUAGCAAAAUGAAGGCUCUAUAUGGAAUCGGAGCAAACCCUAAUCCUAUUCCAAAUCCUUUACAUGAUACUCCGAGAGAAGAGAAAAAGGAUAAAAUGCCAAGCGGAAAUGUAUUUGAUUAUCAACAGAAUUCCAAAAAUGCAUAUGCUGAGGAGACUAAGUACCUCAAGCAUAAGAAUGAAGAAAAUAAAUCCUCAAAUAACAAACCUAAGCCUUCAAAUGGAAAGUCAUUAUACAGUUUUUACCAAAAUAUUAUUGAUAAGAAUACAGAAGGAGAUUCUCAUAAAAAUCAGAUAGAAAAGUUGCAUCACCCUAAAUAUAAAAUUGAACCAAACAAAGAGUUAGCUCCAACACUUUCGGCUACAGAAGUGAAGGAGAGCCCAACUCUUGCUGAGAAAUCAUCAAAGUUUAAGAAUGCAGGAAGGGAUAUUGUUCAUAAUAGUCCUCAUGACUCUCUUGGGAAGAGUCAGCAGCUUGAUGCUGAUACACCUGUUCAGGAGAAGAAGCUUGAGGAGAUUAUUGAAGAAAAUAUAGAAGCUUCACAAAGAGAAUCUAUUCAAGCAGAAAUUAUUUCUCUCAAAAGUCCAAGUCCUAAUAUUGACAAGACUAGUAAAAUUAUGGAGGAAAGUGACGGAUUAUUGGAAUGGGCUCUAAAUUUACCAGAGGAUAUGAGUGGAACUCUCCCAUCUCAAGCUGGAAAAUAUUAG